AUGGCCAUGGGAAGUGAAUGUUUUGAAUCGAUUCAGGACAUCAAGGCAGCACAACUGAAGACACAAAGGAGGACUUGCGGAACUGCUUCAGAAGUGGCACGAAUGAUAGGACCAGUGUGUGAAAAAAAAAAAUUGCAUGGCUCUCCGGCCUGUUGGGCUGCUCUGCGGUCACCCUCGCUGCAGGAACCCAAUCGCAGCAGCGCUUUUCAUCCUGCUAAGGAGCCACGAGCUGCUCCUCCGGGCAGGGGCACGGCUGGGGGCUCCCCCGUGAAGAGGGUGGCGGGCAGCGGGCGGCCCCAUCCCCGGCCACAGCCUGUCUGCCGCCGCCCAGGUGGCGCUGCAGGCAGCACCGCCUGUGGCCGAGCCCGCCGUCUGCCGGACGCACGCGCCGGUUCCUCGGACGGCGCUGCGGACUUGGGCUCCUGCUGGAAGCCUAGAGGAGCAGGACACCUCGCUUCUCACCCCGAGAGGAGCGCGGCUGCCUUUCCCCGUCUUUCUAAAAUUUGUGAAGUCCUCCCCAUCUGCAGCUUUCAUAAGUACCAGGAGGCACAGAGCUUUGGCCUGCUGGACCCCAAACUCUGCUAUCUGCUGGACGGAAUCCUCUUCAUCUACGGUGUCAUCAUCACAGCCCUGUUCCUGAAAGCAAAGUUUGGCAGGAGCACGGAGCUGCCGAUCCACCAGCAGGGCCAGAACCAAGUCUACAACGAACUCAAUCUGGGACGAAGAGAGGAGUAUGACUUUUUGGAUAAGCGGCGAGGCCGGGACCCUGAGAUGGGCGGGAAACAGCCGAGGAGGAAGAACCCUCAGGACGGCGUGUACAACGCGCUGCAAAAAGACAAGAUGGCCGAGGCCUACAGCGAGAUUGGAAUGAAGGGUGAGCGGCGGAGAGCCAAGGGACAGGAUGGCCUUUACCAGGGCCUCAGCACAGCCACCAAGGACACCUAUGAUGCCCUCCACAUGCAGACCCUGCCUCCCCGCUAGCAGCCAGAGGACUCUGCCUCUCGAGAGCCUGACCUACUGACGCCCAGAUUGUGAAGCACAUAGGGUUAAGCAUUCAUACCAAAGUGUUCCUGUAUGAAUAGGGUGCCUCCAGUUGUAACAUUUGGUCUUCUCCAAUCCCAAACCAUCGCACACAGAACACCACCCUAGAACUUCCCUAGGGCGAGUCCUGCCGCUCCAGGCUGGCCGGCCUGCUCUGGGAUCUUCUGGCUUGCUGGUGACAGUAGACAGGCCCGCUGCCCUGAGGUUCUAGCCCCUGGCUGAGGGGCAGCUGCCCUGUCUCUCAGAGCUCACUUGUUCUGUUUUGUGAAGUCCCCAGGGAAACCCCCAGUGUUAGUUAAUGCACACCCUUUCUGUAUCUUUCUGUCCAAAUUCGACUGGCUUUGCUCCUGCUGUAAAUUUGGAUUCUGUUGUCAACUUUUCCUCCUUUCAAGGUAGCCUGUUACAGGGCCAGCAGCUUACUGCCUGCGGAGGUGGCCAGGGGUGGGGCGGCAGGGCAUGGCAAAGGCUUUGAAGAGUGGGAGGCCCCUGCCAUGAGGAGUCUGAAUGCCAGGUGCCCCAGGGAGUGAGGGAUGGACAAGAAAGCCACCCUUCAUGGAGUUCACGCCCCGGGGCAAGAGUUGGCAUGACAGCAUGGGAACCACAAGAAGCAUCGUCCUGGAGGAUGAGUGAGAGAAGGUGCAAGCUCGGCCUUCUCCCACUCCUGCCUUCACCCACGCUUGGCCUGAAUGGCAAGCUGUCCUUGCAGAGAUCUUGAAGAUGACCUGGCACCAUGUAGCCCCUUGAGCAUCCCUGUGGGCUGGGGUGCCAUGGGAGAAAGUCCCAGUGGUUCCUAGAGACUUGCUGUGUGAUUAAAAUGCACGUCUAUGGCGAGAAACCCCUGUCUGCUCCGAUUGGUUUUAAUUUAUACUGGUUUGCUGGAGCCUGUUUUGCAUAAUAAAUGCUUCCAUGAAAAUGCUGCUUACCCUAA